UUAUCAACUUUGUGAGAUAUCGAGUCGGAGUUGCACACAAAGUAAGUUAUUAUCUGCUUGGUCACUUGGAAACGCUCCGUUCCGAAACUCUCAAGUAAAUAGUAAUCAUGAGUAAAAGCAAAACGAAAUAUGUUUACAACCCUAAACUGUUUACGAUUACGGAACCAUUAAAUAUCCAGGAACAUUUUAAAGAAUUCUCGGAUUUGGUUGUAAACGAUUUAAAGGAAUUCGAGGAGUAUCAGGACAUCAAAGGCCCUUCCACAGCCAGACUAAUUCAAAUCUGCAACCCUGAAACAUUGACGAUAGAUAAUGAAAUACCUGUAGAAAGUAAUAAGGUAAACAUGAAUAUGGCAGCAACAUUUCCCAUGUCUUACAACAGUGAUUACACCGAUUUGCAAAUCCUCAAGAGCAAGCAGAAAUUUGAAAAUAAAACUGUUGAUUUACAACCUUUUCCCUAUUACGAAAAGGAGCUAAUGCACAACGAAACUUUAGAUUUAAAACCUUAUGAAGAGGUGUUAUUAACAGUGAAAGUUUAUAAAUCUCUGAAAAUCAAGAACGUCAAAGCUUGUCAAUAUGAAAUUGCAAUACUUUCCUGUCACAGUCUACUUGAUUUAAAGAAUAAAAUGCUUUGCAAUAGCGAUGUUGGUUUUUGCAAGGAAAUUCAACAUCCAGAUGAAACCAUUCCAGGCAACGUUAAAGAAGAAUAUCCAUCGGGUUUUCUGUUUAUCGAAAAUUGCUUUUACAAUAUCACUGAUCAUUCGAACGCCAUCGAUUACUCAGAAAUAAUCCGCGAUUGGGCAAGUAAAUGUAAUAUGGUUCAAUUUACGACUGCCGUUUUGGAAGAGACAAUUAUUAAAGAUCUGAAGAUUAUUUUGGGUGCGCCGUACCUAUUUCAGCAUCAGGGAAAUUGCGAACACGUUUUCGUGUUUUCCGAUGCGCGGCUUAUCAACGGAAAGGAUCCGCUUUCUUCGAGCGUUUUUCCAUAUAUUUUAUCGGAAAACAAGAAGUACACAAAGUUGUGUUUCAUUUGUCAGAAGAUUGCUGCAAAAUUCGUUGUUACCAAUUGUGAUAGGCUUCCGCACAAAUAUAACUUGUUCUGCAAAAAUUGUCUUAUGUCCUAUAAUUAUUUAAAUGGUGAAAAGAUUGGUAAAUUCAAGUUAUACCCGUAUUAUAAUCAAUCGCUAUUGUACGAACAUGCUUUUACAGACUGAAUAAAUAAAU